CGGAACUUGGAAGACAAACUGGCCCAGAACCAGCUCAUCCUGAGGGAGGAGUUGCAAACCUUGCUUCAUUUGUGCGAGACCCGGGACGAUGUGGAGCUGGCUAAGAACGUCAUCUACAGGUGCACUGGAGGUCCUGAUAGAGAUGAAAGACCAGGAUGUGAAAUUUAGCAGAGAUACCUAUGUGCUUGCCUUUGCCAUCUGCUACAAACUGGACAGUCCUGAAUCUUUUAAAAUCUGCAUGACUUUAAGAGAAGAAGCCCUGAUCAGAGGAGACAUCCUCUGCAGGAGAGCAGCCUGCUUCGCCGUGGCGUUAGCGCUCCGUCAGAAUCAGGUGGAGAAAGCCGUGUCCAUUUUUUCCCAAAUCAUGAAUCCGGAAAGCGUAGCCUGCAUUAACUUAAAUGUUAUGAUCCACAUCCAGUCCAACACGUUGGAAGCCCUAGUAGAGACACUCGGGGAAGCCGCAGGAGGAAGGUCGUCAAGAUUUGUGAGAAGACUGGAGUUCUCGGAGGAGGUGCUGGCCGAAGUGAGAAAAAGAGUGAAAGAUGUGCCUGCCCUUUCGGCCAGAUUUGAACAAGUCUAUGGGACACUGCAGGUGAAUGGCCAGGUCACCACUCACAGCCUGGAUGCUCUGCUCUGCCACACUCCCACAGACAGGAAGUCGCACGUGCCAUUAUUAACCAAGAGGACAGUCGGCCAUCGGGCCUUCCAGCCACUCAGCCGGUCCCUGCUGGCCGAGUAGCCCUCGUCUUGGACACCUCGCGUCUAGAGCACCUGUUCCCCUGGAGAAGCCCACGUCGUGCCUCUUUGGACACUGUACUGGUGCCUAGGCCCUCCCCAUCCCCCAACCUAGUGCCCUCCCGAGCUCCCUAAGCCGGGGCACUGUGCUGUUUGCUCUUUGGGAAGCUCUAGGUUCAAGUAAAGAAAGGAGUUUGGCCAAUGCCACCUGUGUCCCAAACAGGUCGUAUCGGAGUCUGCAGUCCGUCUCCCACCAGGACACCACCCAGGAAGCACUACUGGGAAUGAAUGUCGCUCUCGUUGUCACCUCCAACUGAUUUCUAAGUUGCUGGGUUGGUAGCUUGCAGGCAGAUCAUGCCCUUGCUGAGCUGCAGCCAGCCAGAGCCGUUCUCUGCCAGCUUUGGUAAAGAGCCCACCGUGUUUCCCAGCUCAGCCAUCACUGCUCUGCAAAACAGUAGCACCAUUAAGUGGUUGCAUAUUUAUUUAAAAUGUUUAUUUAUCAUUCAGUGGGACAAGUUGAUUCAAAUACAAAAAUAAAAUAG